AUGUCGACUUCACACGGAACAUCCAAGUUCCAGAACCUCCCCAGAACAAUCUCGGGGCCAUUGGAAUGCCCACUCGAGGGAACAAGUCUCUUGCAUUCAUCUGCAUUCAACAAGGGCUCUGCAUUUCCUGCUGAAGAGCGCAAGACAUUCAAACUGCACGGGCUGCUCCCGCCCAAUAUCCAGACGCUGGACGAACAAGUCCGGAGGGCAUACGAGCAGUACAGCAGCCGGAAGGAUGACUUGGCAAAGAACACGUUUAUGGCGAGUAUGAAGAUGCAGAGUGAGGUGUUGUAUUAUAGGUUACUUCAAGACCACUUCAAAGAGAUGUUCGGGGUGAUUUAUACGCCGACUGAAGGUGAUGCUAUACAGAACUACUCGCGAAUAUUCCGGAGACCGGAAGGCUGCUUCUUGAAUAUUACGGACCAGGACAGAAUAGAAGAAUGUCUGUCAAAUUUUGGCGGUGGUGAAGACGUUGAUUACAUCGUGGUUAGCGACGGUGAAGAGAUCCUCGGAAUUGGAGACCAGGGAGUUGGGGCUAUUCUGAUCUCCACGGCCAAGUUGGUGAUUACCACCUUGUGUGCUGGCAUUCAUCCAUCUCGACAACUCCCAGUGGUGCUGGACUGCGGUACAGACAAUGAAACCCUUCUCAACGACGAGCUUUAUCUCGGUCUCCGUCAGCCUCGGGCCCGCGGAAAGGAAUACGAUGAGUUCUUGGAGAAGUUCGUGACUAUUGCUCGGAAGCGAUUCCCCAAGGCGUAUAUUCACUUUGAGGACUUUGGCCUCCAAAAUGCCAAAAGGGUUCUGGAUAAGUACAGGUCACGCGCGCCCUGUUUCAAUGAUGAUAUUCAAGGAACCGGAUGCGUCACGCUGGCCGCUAUCAUACCAGCCCUCCGCGUGAGCAAUGUCAAGUUGGGUGAUGCGCGGUUUGUCAUGUUCGGCUCAGGAACUGCCGGAACAGGAAUCGCGGACCAGAUAUGCGGAGCCAUUGCGAAUGAAACGGGCAAAUCCAAGGAAGAAUCCGCAAAGCAGAUUUGGUGCUUGGACAAGCAAGGGCUUCUUCUAAAGUCCCAGGGUGAUCAAUUGACUACGGCUCAAGUCCCGUAUGCACGAGAUAAUUCUGAAUGGGACACGAAGGAAACACUAGACCUGCUAUCUGUGGUGAAAACUGCAAAGCCUCACGUCCUGGUUGGGACAUCAACGAAGCCCAAGAGUUUCACGGAGGAAGCGAUCCGUGAAAUGGCCAAAAACGUCGAACGCCCAAUUAUACUGCCAUUGAGCAACCCAACCCGUCUACACGAAGCUGAUCCCCACGACAUUAACAAAUGGACGGACGGUCGCGCCUUGAUGGCCACUGGGAGCCCGUUUCCACCAGUGAACCGGGACGAGGGCAAAUAUGAGAUCGCGGAAUGCAACAACUCCACCUGCUUUCCUGGGAUUGGUCUUGGUGUCGUAUUGUCCCGUGCCCGGGUGCUCUCUGACCGAAUGUUGGUUGCAGCUGUUAGUGCGUUGGCAGCUCGAUCGCCGGCGCUAAAGGAUGCUAGACGACCUUUGUUGCCCGACGUCGAGGAGGCGCGGUCAGUUAGUGUCGACAUCGCCAAAGCCGUCAUCCAAACCGCAGUGGAGGAAGGGCAUGCAGAAGAGAAAGACAUUCCGACCGAUCCGAAUGAGUUGGAGGAAUGGAUUCAGGUGCAGAUGUGGGAUCCCGUGUACCAUCCAUUGAAGAAGGUGUAA